GCCUCUGGAAUAGCCGUCCAUGACGACGUCGUGCUCACGUUUGACAAGAUCAGAGUUCGCCUCCAGGGGGCCGAUAAGCAGGAGCAGCUGAAGCUGGUGCUCUUCAAGAUCAGCGACGACGGGAAAUGUAUCGUCGUGGACGAGGACAACUGCCUGAAGGUCAGCGGUAGCAUACAUAACAGUAUAUCAUUAUAAAUGUCAUAAUAUAUGACAUUUAGCAGACACUUUUAUCCAAAGCGACGUAGUCAUGCGCACAUCAUUUUUUUUUACGUAUGGAUGUUUCCCGGGAAUCGAGCACUUUGCAAGCGCCAUGCUCUACCAACUGAGAUCCAGAGGACCAUAUAUUUAGGCAUUUUAAGCCCUUUCUCGAUGUCUAUUUCCUCGAUUCCUUGCAUCCUCUCUCCUCGCUUCGUUCUCAAAAUGCAUUGGAGAAGAAGGUCCAAGGGGAGGGACCUUCUCCCCCCAUACUAUUGAGAUGGAGUCAAGGAGAUAGGAUGCUAGGAAUCACAGAAAAAAAUCAGGGACUGCAUCCUAAAUCUCAUAAAAAAAUCUCCUAAAGCAGUGCACUAUAUAGGAAAUGGGGAUACCUGGUCAGUUGUACAACUGAAUGCAUUUAACUGAAAUGUGUCUUCAGCAUUUAACCCAACCCCUCUGAAUCAGAGCGGUGCGAGGGCUGCCUUAAUCGACAUCCACGUCAUCGGCGCCCGGGGAACAGCCUUGCUCAGGGGCAGAACUACAGAUUCUUACCUUGUCAGCUCCGGGAUUCGAUCCAGCAACCUUUCGGUUACUGGCCCAAAGCUCCUACCUGCCAGGCUACCCGCCGCCCCCAUAGGAAAUAGGGUGCCAUUUUGUAUGCAAUCGGAGAGUUCGGGCAACUAACCAUGUUAGUGCCUUAAAGCAUUCCUUUUAUCCAGUCAUGACGAGUAUUUGCUACUUUGUUCUAAUUCAGUGACACAUAGCAUUGUUUAAAAUUCAUACAAUUCUGUAUAAUGUAAUUGGGAGGUAACGUGGUUGCCAUAGAAUUGUGUAGUGUCAUGUUAAUGCAUCAAAAUGCAGAAACCGCAAUGUCCAAUUUUUUUUACUAUUAUAUAAUUGGGGUUAGGGUUAGUAACGUGAACAUCUGGAAAAGCACUAUAUAAUUUGUUAUCAAUUAAUAAAAAUUACCAAUCAAUUAAGGUGAAGGACCUGAACGGGGAGGAGGACGUAUUCAGGAAGAUCGUCAACAUGAUGCCCACGGAGGACUGCCGCUAUGCCCUCUACGACUGUUCCUGGGAGAGCAAGGACAGCCCCAAGGAGGACCUGGUCUUCAUCAUGUGGUAGGUUGAACCAUGGAGUACCGUACCACCAUGAAUAACACUACCAUGUCAGCCGUAUUGAGUGGAGGGAGUGAGAGAGAGAGGAUUUGGAAAUUGACUCAAGGCAGAACGUUUGGAGCGCUUUCUAAACGUAGUAUUUUUCUGUUUGAAAAUGCAGGGCUCCAGAACACUCAACUAUCAAAAAGAAAAUGAAAUACGCCAGCUCAAAGCAAUACAUUAAAGCAAAGUUCCAA